AUGUCAGAUACAUCCUCCUGCUCAGAUGUACAGACCAGCCCAUCACCUUUUGUAAAACAGCUUUCGCGCCUGGCAUUGCCCCUGGGCCUGCUGCUCACGACCCAUGCGUUUGGUCAUGGUGCUGCCAGCGCACCCGCGGCUGAGGGUGAUCCUGCUGCAUUGAUACAGGCUGAAGCGCGCAAGAUCAUCUUUCCAGAUACGGCCAGACACAAAACUCUGGUGGUAGAUCUGCACACCCAUACAGUAUUUUCAGACGGUCACGUAUGGCCAAAGAUACGCGUUGGCGAGGCAUUGCGGGAUGGUCUGGAUGCCAUGGCGGUGACAGAACACCUGGAGUACCAGCCCCAUAUUGCCGAUAUUCCCCACCCGGAUAGAAACCGUGCUUAUGUAGAAACAGUCGCCGCCGCGGAAGGCUCGGAUCUGAUGGUCAUUGCCGGGUCUGAAAUUACCCGGGGCGACCCGGCCGGACAUAUCAACGCUAUUUUCAUAAAUGACGCUAACGCGCUGUUUAAAGUGACAACGCCGCCUGCGGACCCAACAGAUGUCCGGGCUUUCUACGAAGCAACCGAUGCCUGGCCGGCGCAGAACGCCGUGGACGCCGCCGCGGAACAGGGCGCAUUCAUGUUCUGGAACCACCCCUACUGGACGGUGCAGAGCCCUGACGGCAUCGCCCGGAUGAAUGAUUUCCAUGCAGCCAACCUUGAAGCCGGUAAGUUGCACGGCAUUGAGGUGGCAAACGGCAAAGACUAUUCCGCCGAGGCGCACGCGAUUGCCCUGGAACACAGUCUGACGUUGAUUGGUGUGUCUGAUAUUCAUGACCUGAUCGAUUGGGACUACGCGCCACACAAUGGUGGCCACCGCCCGGUCAACCUGGUGCUGGCCACCGAACGAACGCCUGAGGCUUUACGUUCUGCUUUAUUCGCUGGACGAACCCUGGUGUGGUUUAAAAAUCUGCUGAUUGCCCGCGAACCUGAAAUGACCGCGAUGCUAAAUGCCUCUCUGCAGGUAACCGAGGCUAAAUACCGACCCAAUACUCAGGUUCUGGAAGUGAGCAUCCACAACCAUUCUGAUGCCAGCUUUGAUCUGCGCAACCAGACCGACAUGACGUUUAUGGACCACGCAAACCGAAUUUCCAUUGCGCCCCAUGCCACCACAACGUUCUCCGUUAAACCCGGGGAAGCGGCAACCAGCCUGGCGCUCACCUUCGAAGUAGAGAACGCGCUCCUGACGCCCACCAGUUGUGGUAUAGAGCAACCUGUCGAUCGCAACAGCGGUGCGCAGAGUUUGGUCUCGGGCACCCUGCCCCCAACCGAACGCGAUGUUACAGACCACAGCUACUGGCAGGCUGAGGGCCUCACGCCCCAUCGGGUGGACAGUGCGGACAGCCGCUUACUGGUACUGGAACUUGAUCCUACCCAUUUCGAGCCGGCAAUUGUCGCUGCACCUCAGAGUGGCAUAGCGGCCAUCGAUGCGCUGCGAGCGAACGACUAUCGGGUAAUCAUUGGCAGUGGGUUUGUUUCAGAGUUGAACAGCCUGGCGCCCGUGGGCCUCCUGCAGAUUGAUGGCCAGACCCUUAAUCCGGUGCAGGGCUACGGCUAUACACGCAUUCUGGGUAUUAAUGAUGGCGGUAUCGGUGUGGUACAUCGCAAUGACUACCAGCGUGCAUUGUUUCACAGCGCCAUACAGGCAGGUCCCGGCAUCGUCGAAAACGCCCAACUGGACAUAUCCGAGAAAGAUCUGCAACGACCUAAAUACUUCCGCAGUUUUGUUGGCGAUGGUUGCAUACGCCCAGACGCAGAACUGGCAAUGCGAAGACCUCGUCAAUCUGGCUGGCGACCGCCAGGCUGUGCUGAUGCUGCGCACCCGCAGCGGCGAGCUGCUUUAUCACGGUGA